GUGGAAUCGGUGAAUUCCACCAACCAAACAUGGAUUAUGUGGUGCUAGUAACGACGCUUUUAGCAUUGCUAAUAAGCCCAACGAUACAAGGCCAGUAUCGUCCGCCUCGAAUUAUCGAGCAUCCGAACAACCAGAUCGUACCGAAAAAUGACCCCGUAACGCUAAACUGUAAGGCGGAUGGAAAACCGGAACCGACCAUCCACUGGUACAAGGAUGGUGAACCGAUGAAGCUAACACCAAACCACCUCGUACUCCCGGCGGGCUCACUGUUCUUCUUGCGCACGCUGCACAGCAAGAAGGAGAACGAUGCUGGAGUGUAUCGAUGCGUUGCCACGAACAUUGCUGGAACUGCCGAGAGUCGAAACGCCACGCUACAGAUUGCAUUGCUUUCGAAUCAGUUUCGAGUCGAGCCAAAGGAUACACGGGUGGCCGCCGGUGAAACGGCCCUGUUGGAGUGUGGUGCGCCGAAAGGUACGCCCGAACCUACGAUCCGAUGGAUGAAGGAUGACAGCUGGAUGGACGACCAUCUACGGUCCGCGAAGGAAAUCAGCCGGAUACGGGUCGUGGAUGGUGGAAAUCUUCUCAUCAGUGACGUACGGCAGGCCGAUGGUGGACGCUACAAAUGUGUAGCGUUCAACGCGGUCGGUUCACGCGAAAGUUCCAUCGCGCGGCUCACGGUACAAGUGAAACCAUAUUUUAAGCUGGAACCAAUGGAUACGACGGCUCUCGUUGGACAACGGGUACAGUUCCUGUGUGCAGUGGACGGUGAUCCGCAGCCCCAAAUCUUGUGGAGCAAAGAAAAUGGGCACAUUCCUGUGGGUAGGGCUGAAAUUUUGGAGGAAGACCGUAGUUUGAUUAUUAGAAGCGUGGUACCGACCGAUCAAGGUCUGUACAUCUGCGAGGCACACAACGCGAUCGGUCAAAUCAGUGCCAAGGCUCAACUCAUCGUCAACUCUCCACCAACAUUCCUGAUAAAGCCUCAGGAUCAGAAGACGGCCCUAAACGGGGUAGCAUCGUUCAAGUGUACUGCCUCCGGCAAUCCUCAACCAUCCGUGUUCUGGACGAAGGAAGGCUCCCAAACGCUCAUGUUUCCCAACAAUACGUACGACAAUAUGCAGGUCUCGGUACAGGGAACGCUACAGAUUCGCGGCGUACAAAAGGAUGACGAUGGCUACUACAUCUGUUCGGCACUGAGUGUCGCCGGUUCCACAACCAGCAGAGCUUACUUACAGGUUCUAACAUCGCAGGACAGCAAUCCACCCCCGAUACUGCAGAUCGUACCGGCUAAUCAAACACUGCCCCGCGGCACUGUUGCCACGCUGCCAUGCCGUGCCAGCGGUAAUCCGACGCCCAUGAUACGCUGGAUGAAAAAUGCGACCGAUAUCAACCUUUCCGGCGGUAACGGGCGCUUCUCAAUCAUCCAGGGUGGCACGCUAAGAAUUGAUGAUUUGCGAAAUGAGGACAGCGGCUGGUAUCGAUGUGUGGCAUAUUCUGAGAAAGGUGAAACCUCGUGGAGUGCAUAUUUAACGGUUGAAAGUAACCUUUCCUCAAUGCAGCAUCGGUCGCACAAUGCCGAUCUGCUACCAUCGGCGCCGGGAAUACCGAAAGCGGUGAACAUAACUAAUAGCAAUAUCACACUGACCUGGACUCGAGGUCAGGAUGAAUUGCAAAUGAACUCCGUAACUGGUGGAUAUACGAUCGAGUACUACAGUCCCGAGGAAAAAGCGGGAUGGAUCAAAGCUAUGAGUCGCAUACCCGGUUAUACUGCAACGAUAACAAAUCUGUCACCCUCCACUUCAUACAUGUUCAUUAUCCGAGCUGAGAACUCCUAUGGCUAUUCUGCGCCAUCUCCAACGUCAGGCAUUCUUCGCACGCUAUCGGCAAAUGAUGGUGUUACCAUGCCAGAAGAAAUAGAAACUGCUCGACUUGUGCUCAGCGGACAGGUCUUGGAGUUGGUUGACGCAGUAGCAAUCAACUCGACGGCCAUUCGGCUCGAAUGGCAACUUCACAUCAGUAAUACGGAAGAAUACGUCGAAGGCUUGUACGUACGCUACCGCAACCUCUCGGCAAUCGAUACGCAAAGUUACAGCAUGCUCAGCAUAAAGAUGAAUCCCUCCGAGACGUACGUCAUAACGGGGCUAGAAAAGUUCACGCGUUACGAGUUUUUCCUGACGCCCUACUUCAAGACGGUCGAAGGACAACCGACCAGCUCGAAGGUGGUGCAAACGCUGGAGGAUUUCCCCACGGGUGCGCCGCUGAACGUGCAAACAGGGAUGGUAAACUUAACUGCCGGGCUGGUAAAUUGGUUGCCACCACCGGAAAAUACGCUAAACGGUGUGCUGCUCGGAUACAAGGUGCAGUUACGGGCGAGCAAUUCGUCGAAAGUUCUAGCACAGAUCACGCUCAACGGUCCUACUACGUUCGUCGUGCUGCACAGACUUACCACCGGUAUGACGUACACGGUGCGAGUCGUUGCGUACAAUCGUGUUGGGGCUGGUCCAUUCUCGAAGCCUGCCUAUCUUAUUAUGGAUCCUGCACACGUUAUAGCACCUCCAAAAGCGCACAACUCGUUGAGCGACAUUGAGGGUUACAGGCAACAGGGACUGCUACAUGAAACCUGGUUCAUGGUACUGAUGAUCGUAAUUUUGCUAUCGGUUCUAACGGGUGGAUGUAUCGCGGGGGUCCUCUUUUUCCGCAAUCGAGCGAAGGUGAGCAAAGAAAUGCUGAGCGCUUCGAUUACGGGCAACACAAGUAUGGAUCCUAGUCGCCGACCGAUGAUGGUUUCCCGACGGGAUGGACUUUGGAUUGAUCGCGGUCGUCGAUCGAUUGAUACCGACAAGGAUUCAGGGUUGAGCGAAGCCAAAUUGUUGGAGAGCUCUCAAAACACUGCCAACUAUGCGGAUGUCAGUACGGAUUACGCUGAGGUGGAUCCAAGGAGCAUAACGUCAUUUUACAAUAGCCGUAAGUCGCCCGACAAUCCUUCACCCUAUGCAACAACUGUUUUAGUAAAUGGGAAUGCGAACGAAAAUGGAAAAAUAUGCUAUCAAGGACUAGAUGGCUAUAUCUCAGGUGCGUCAACUAAUCGAUCAGAUCCAGCAACAUAUCUGGCGGGGCAUCCGAAAGCCUUCACUCCGGUGCCAUAUAAUCAAGCUCCUGCCAACUGGAUUGAUUUCCUUCCUCCUCCACCGGAGCAUCCGCCCCCGAUACCACAAGCUUUAGACCACCACAUACAUCUAAAUCAUGUGUAUCCCUCGGAAUUGAUCGGUGGCGGUGGUGGUGGUCUUCCACCAACCACAACCGCCAUCGGUUCUCAGGGAUCAUCCGUACGUUGUGGAUCGGCACAAUCCGGUAGCUAUAAUAGUGGAAGUGCUCAACAUUCAUAUCAAUAUGUAGAUCCAUCCCUGCUAGGACGAGGAUCAUCUAGGAGCAGCUCGAACGAAUGCACCAUGCGCAACGUUCCACCGCUUCCGCUGCCAACGCAGCAGCAAACGCACUUCCUGCCGUACAUGAACGGUACGUCCGGUUCCACGGAUCAGUCGCCCUACUUCAACGACGAAGUGUACAACAGUCCUGUGAAGAACGGUGACGUCAACUAUCAUCAUCCGUAUCGGAUGCCUAACUCUUCGUCGGCAUCUUCCAUAUCAUGCUGUCAGUCAAAUCAUUCCCGAAGCAGCCAUUCGGCCGGUUCGAAAAAUCACGACUUUCUAGACCAGCAACAGCAGCAACAACUUCAUCUUCAGCAGCAGCAACAGCUUCACAACAAUAUGAUGCUUCAAGGAUCGCAUCAUAUGAACAAACUUAACGGCAUAGGUAGCUACGAUGGACUUACCCCGUCAAAGGUGGUGUCUUUCAACGACCAGUAUCAAAUGUUGGACGAUAGCAGCACCAACGGUGAAGUUGGAGGCAGAACUGAGCACGAAAAUUGCACCUACUUCACCAACUAUUCCGAUGCGUCCGGUGCGAGCAGUAGUAGCGGUAGCGGUGGCUUCCGAAUGCAUCCGAAGUUUGUGAAAACCGUGCACGUAAAUAUUGAAAAUGCCAUCAACGGUAACUACCACCAUCAUCAGCAACAGCAGCAGCAGCAAUCGCCUAUCAUCACCAAUGGCCAUCACAAUCAUAGUCACCAGCAACAUCAUCAUCCCUAUGUGUACAAUCAACAGCAUCAGCAGGACCCGAUCAGCGAACACGAAGAGACUGAAACCGACAAAAUGCUGACCGGUGGGGGUAGUAGUUUCAGCGAAAACGAUGACCACACGGCCAGCAAUGGUGGCUCGGGACCGGAUUCCGACACUCACGACGAGAUGACAAAGAAGCUUUGCAACGGGCGUGACGAUGGUGCAUCGAUCUGUCCGGUGUAUGAGGAACCAUCAGUACAUCAGACUUCAUAA